AUGAUGAAGAUCAAUCGAGAUUUACUUGCAUUUCCAAUGCCACAAUGGCACUUAAACAACUGGCAAUUAAUAAAAUUACCUUUAUUUUGGGCUGUUGCCAUUUAUGCAACUCGAAUGUUAAAUCGUCAAUUAGAAAAAAAACUUGAAGGUGUACCAAAAAUAUAUCCAGUUGAAGCAAUCGCCAUUAAUUUCGGACGUUGGGAAACAGCCGGUUCUUAUGACCGGCACCUUAUAGAUUGCCAUGCACAUGCUCAUCUAUUAUUAACAACUCAAUUCAUUAAUUCAUGUGAUGAUACAUUUUAUCGACCAUUAAAAGGUCGAGUUGUCUAA